AUGUUGAAGCUUUUUAUUUGUCUCAGUCUCAUCCUCCUUCCUCUUAUCUCAGUUGUGGGACAAAAAGAGCCCCCUGGUCCCUGGAAGAGAAUCACGGAUUUAAAUGAUGUUUACUACGUCGACAUAGCCAAGUUUGCGGUCAAUGAGCACAACAAGCAGGCGGAUGAUAACCUGAGGUUCAUUAGAAUCCUUGAGGGAAAGGAGCAGAUGGACACCGGGCAAAGAGAUUAUUUUAAAAUCGGAGUCAAUAACAGGGAGGAUUUGGCAGAAAUAUACGAGGCAUCGGUGUUUAACAAGGAAUAUAAAAAUGUUUUGACCCUUGAGUAUUUCAGGCGGAUUCAGUAA